ACGGAUCCUAUCAAAUAUUUUACAUUUUCUAUGAUCAUCUCUAUUUUAGGUAUUCGGGGAAUCCUCCUUAAUAGACGAAAUAUUCCUAUUAUGUCAAUGCCAAUUGAAUCAAUGUUAUUAGCUGUGAAUUCGAACUUUUUGGUAUUUUCAGUUUCUUCGGAUGAUAUGAUGGGUCAAUCAUUUGCUUCAUUGGUUUCAACGGUGGCAGCUGCGGAAUCAGCUAUUGGGUUAGCCAUUUUCGUUAUAACUUUCCGAGUCCGAGGGACUAUUGCUGUAGAAUUUAUUAAUAGCAUUCAAGGUUAA